AUGGCCAAAUCCAAAUCCAAAACUCAACCUGAAGCUCCUCAGGACUUGGUUCCUUCCACUUUAGCAGAAGCGCAAUCCGAACCAGUACUUCCCAAUCCAGAUCCACCUCAACCCUCUGCUUCUUCCUCCAAGCCUAAAUCUAGAUCUUCCAGGAAGAAAUCCAAGAACAUACCUAUAAUCACCCCACCGAUAUUCAGCGAAGAGCAAAUAAUUCAAUAUCAUCUUAUGCAUCCUUCCGUAUCCACAAACACAAUUUCACCAUAUUCCAUCGAUCCGAUAACCUUAUCAAGCAAGAAACGAAAGCGGGAGGGUGAAUCACCUAGAUUCUCACAUCCUUUACCUGUCAUAUGGUUCGAGGGACCUUCCCAUCCUUCCUCUUCGUCGAGUAAGAAGAAAGACAAGAAAGAUCAAGAGAUCAGAAGGAUACAUUUAUCAACUGGAUAUAUGCAAGUACCGGAUCAUGCAGUAAAAAUUGAAAGCAUAGGAAAUUCUGCAGCAUUCUGGUUAGGAGAUCUUAAUGGGUUGUCGGCAGGAUCAACUCUUAGUACCGAUGUUGUCGAUGGUAUUAAUAAGAACAAAAUGGUCGAGGACGAAAAGGAGAAAGAUAAUGGGAGUGGAAAUGGUAGCACGAGUGAUAAGGUGAAGAUGAAAACGAAAACGAAAACGAAAACGCAACCGAAGGAAAAGAAGAAAGUCGCCAAUGCAGAGGGCAAAGACAAAGACAAAGGCAAACCCGAAGCGGUAGAGGACAGGAAUCAGCAUAGUGGGAAGACGAUUACUAAGUCAAAAGGAAAGUCAAAAGAACAGGACACCCUUAAAACUACCAUUAUACCUACAACGACAGAAACUCCUAAAGAACAUGAAUCAGUCAAUCUAUCAGAUACAUCCGAUUCAGAAUCCGAAUCUGAAUCUUCAACUUCAACUUCAACUUCAACUUCAACUUCAACUUCAACUUCCUCCUCUAGCUCUAACUCUUCCGAUGAAACUGAUUCCGAUUCCGAUUCCGACUUUGAAACAACGACAGAUCCAAGUAAAACCUCCAAUCAUAAUUCAUCUUCAUUCGAUCGACCGCCUCCUCAAGGACCUGCCACCAUCACCACCACCAAGUCCAAUGAUACACCCAAGACCAAGACCAAUGGUAAUGCUCCUAAAUCAACUAAAAAGAGGGUAUCGCUCUUGGAUCCAUCUACACCUGUUCAAACACUCCCACCGAAACGACUCGAACAGCUCAUUACUCCUACUCCUACCACUGUUGCCACUCCUACACCGAGGGGAGAGAAGAACAAGAAUAGGAAGAGAGAGUCGACUGGUGGGAAGAGGAAGAAGGGUCCGAAAUGGGUUACCGAGACGCCCAAAGUCAAAUGA